GUCAAAAAUUGUAUGCGUUUGUUUACCUUUUCCAGAGACAAAAGUUCCAAUUCUAACAAAUCACGGCAUGAGUGAGAGUGAUCAUGGUUCUGACAAAUCAACCAGCUCGACGGGCAGUUCGGCCGAUUUAAAUCUGGCCAGUGCGAGCUUCAACCCGCUGCGUGUGUUGUACUCCCGGAAGGCACAACCACCGGUGGCGGGAGCGAGAACCCACGACAAUGUGCAGCAAUUCGAAUCCCAGUUCAAACUACUCGGCGGUUUCGGUGAGGUUUACAGUGAGGAACGGGUCAAGGAAAUUCGGGCCGGGAGCUCAACUAGAAAGGCCGUUCCGGUGCUGGCAAAAGGAGAGGUACCAACGAGACGUUUUCUUCCGCAUCAAGGGUUGGUAGAGAAAAGGCGUCCAGCCCGUUUGCAGCGGAAUAUAUUCACAAAAAUGGAAAUCUUCGAAGGUCCCCUUGUCAAGAUGGUUAGCUGGAUGCGAGAACGGGUGCGAGUGAAGGUGUACACUAGGAAAGAGAAAGGAAUCCGUGGGUACGUCACUGGGUAUGUGGAGGUAUUCGACAAGCACUGGAAUAUGGCUCUGACGGAUGUUUUUGAGUCCUGGAAGAGGCGAAAGUAUCGCUAUUCGGAAAAUAAACUGUGCGUCCUCGGAGACCCUCAGGAUUGCAGCGAAAUGCUACAGAAGAUGGGCAUUAGCAUACCGAAGGUAAAUGUGAAAUCCAUCGACCGGAAGUAUGUGAUGUGCACUCGAAAAGUGCCCAAACUGUUGAUCCGUGGCGAACAGGUAGUUCUGGUGGCGGCAGAUAAGCUGGUGGAAUCGAAAGCAGAUGAAAUUUCUAAAAGCUAGUUGAAGUACAAUUGAAAGCAGUCAUUAUUAAGACUUAUUAUUUACUCGA